AUUCUGACAGUUCACAAUAGCAGGAAAUUUGCCUUUUUCUCUGCUUUUGCAUUCGCCUAUGAUGUAUUGAAGAUGAUGCACAAGAAUGAUGCAGAACAUACAGACAUGAGUUAUUGAAUAAUUGCCUUUUUCACGAGAAAUGGAGAAAUUAUUUGCCUGACAUGCUACUGUAAGGUGCUAGUUUGUAGUCUACAUAAUUCAGUAUCACGUUAAAAUCACAUUUUAUAUUGUAAAUACUGGUCUACUAUUUCAAAGGCAUCAGAUAGAAAUAAUGAUGAGCAAUUAAUUAGCACCUUGCAACUUCAGAUGGCAAAUUAUGGUCCAGAAACUCAUUUGUAAUUAGUGCAUUUUUCCUCUCUUUGUAAGGAAGGUCUGACACAGAGUGAUGAAAAGAAGGCUGUUGGAUUUGUUAUUUGGGAAGUAAGGGGUGGUGCAACUUCACUGUGCUUUGGUAAUUGUGAAAAAAAAAAAACAAAAAACAAAACAAAAAAAACAAACCUUGAAUUUUUUCUUUUCUGCCACAUUUUUCCCCCAAGCCAGCCAUCAAGAAAUGGCCAAUCCUUUACCUGUGGUAGCUCAGGAAGAUUUGGAAAGCUUCACCUUGACCAGGACAGGCUCAGGCUUUGCACUCAAAGCCUUUCAUAUUUCUUGGAACACUCCUAUCUCUGUGAAGCUGCUGACCAUCCAGGACACUACAGACAGGGAGUGGAAGUUGCUACUUCAGGACAUAGCAAGAGUCAGACACUGUGAGUCUGAACGUCUCCUGCCUUUCCUUGGAAUUUACCAGUACCAUGGACUUGUGGGGAUAGUGACUGAAUGGAUGAACAAUGGAUCCCUCCACUCCCUCAUCCAUGAGCAUCAACUGUACCCAGAACUUCCCUUUCCCUUACUCAUAAGGAUCCUGUCGGAUGUGGCUGAAGGGCUGCAUCAUCUUCACAGCCUCGAACCUGCUCUCUACCACUGCAGCCUGAAACCUUCCAAUGUGCUUUUGGAUAUGCAGUACAGAGCCAAGAUAUCAGAUUAUGGAUUAACCAACUGGCGGAAACAGCAACUGAGGUCAGACCUGCAGAACUGCCAUCAGAGAAACUGCCAGGAUUUAUUGUAUCUUCCUCCUGAAAUACUUGGAGGAGGCCUCCCUUCCCAGGAAGGCGAUAUUUACAGUUUUGGAAUCCUGUGUUGGGAGAGCCUCAGCAGACGGAAACCUUUCGAAGGUCAAACAACCCUGCUUGAUGUUUUGAAAGGAAUCUGCAGCAGUUUGCGGCCAGGCAUUUCAGAAAAGUUCAUACCAAGCAAUUUGCCUGAGAGGAACAGACUGUUGCACCUCAUUGCUCUGUGCUGGCAUCAAGAACCAGAUUAUAGACCACAUACUGCAGAAUGUGUACACCUUCUAAAUGGAGUUUUGACUAGUAUAAAUAAGGAGGUAAUUUCUGCAGCAAUCUACAAUUUGAUGGAUGCAAAGGAGAGAGCGCUUAAUGCAUGCAAAGGCUCAGAGACUUACACACUGCAGAGAGGCACGUGCAAUGCAGAGAUCUGUCCACAAAAAGACAACCACUUUAUCAGCAAGAAAAUUCCUCUUGUAGUGCCAAGCUUGUCAACUGUUCUACUUGAUAGCAGUGCAAAUACAGCAGGAAGAGAAAAUUUUAAGAUGGGUGUGUCAAAUACUACCCUGCAGAAUGCAACAGCAACAAAAGAUCACCCAGGCUCUGAGAGAAGAAAAUCAAACUCUUUUUGUGCAACUCCUUCAUCUGGUUCAACUGCAGGCAAAGAGAGCAGUCAGCAUAACUCCCCACCACUGGCUCUUAAGAACAGACCACAACCAGUGCACAUCGGAGAAACAGAGACAGGUCCUUGCCGCAAAGGAAACUGCUGUCAAAUCCUUGCCUGCCAGAGACAGACCAUACUGAACUGCAUGACAGAAGGACGCCUCAACCACAUCCUGGAUGUGCUUCGCUCGCAGCAAAGCCUGUCCCGAAUGGAUUAUGAAAGCAUCACCUCGUACCCCACAGUGACCGGCCGUGCUCGGGCACUGCUGGACACUUGCCUUUGCCUCGGCGAGAGGGCAGCACAAGCUGUAGUGACUGCACUUUCACUGAACAAAUGCAGUCCUCUGGGACAAGUCAUUCACUGCCCAGACUGUCCUUCUAAGGUGAACAGGCUGUUCUGA